AUGGGUCAAGCAUCCUCAAAGGCCUUUCUCUGCGGCCAUUUAAAGUUGGGAUCUCUUCGUCGCAGAUCUAAGCCGCACAGUGCUCUUGAUAAGAAACCCCUUGUGCAACAUCUCGCACAGCCUUUUACACAGCCUCUGCUGUCACGAAAGUCACAAGAUUUACAAAAGUCAAAAAGGCCACCCGGCCCUAUUUACGCAGCUAUGGGAGCCUCGAAAAAUCAGGAUCCCUUCCCACAGCAUGACGACGAUUUAGACAACCCAGAUGCAAUCGCAAUCGAGGACGGUGGGCAUGAAGAAGAUGAUGAGGGUGACACUUCCAGUACUAAAGGACAUAUGCUUGUGCCGCAAAUUGCCCAAAACCUAUGCAAAGAUGGUGUCAAGGCCGUAUUUCCCGAUAUAUGUCUUGAUUAUCUCGAAGAGAUCUCUGCUAGGUUUUGUUACGACACCGAUGCUACUAUUCGCGAGAUUCUUGAUCUUCAAGACAAUGGUCAACCCUACCCUGUUCAACCACAAGACAACCCCCUGAAACGUAAGAGGGCAGCAAGUGAAGAUAGCGAUGACGAGAAUUGUGAUGCCGACGUUGACAAUGACUUUGAAAAUAAGGUCAAGAGAGACGAGAGGAGCCUAAAAGAAACCGAAGAGAAGUUUAGAAAGAAGGUCAACGAGCCUAACUAUUUCAAAACAACAGCCAGCACCCGAGGGUAUAUCAAGAUAGCGGAAGCCUGUCUGUCUUCAGAGUUCUCCUUGUCUUUGCUGAAGCUAACAUUAUCACAUUUCCCCUACGUGCCGAUAGCGACAGUUCGUCGGCUGCUCAAAGGUAAUAGAGGUUCUCUUUUCGAGACCUAUGUGGCUAUCGACGAAGCAAUUCGUAAUUGGGAUGACAGCAAUCCCCCGUGGCAAAAGAAAAAAUAUGCGUCAACAUUCCGCGAUGAAAUCGCCCACUAUAGAUGGCAUACAAUUGACAUGGCGCAAUACAGUGCAGAAGAACAAGCCGCUUUGCUCGAGUGUGAAGCCGCGAGGAACGUGGCGAGUAUCCACAAGAGUACUCUUAAGGACAAAGCCAAAAAGGAAGCCGAAGAAGCGAAGAACUUCUCUCACGCGAAGUCAAUCGGUCAGACGGAAGAAUGCGGGUGCUGCUUCGAAGAAUUCGCGCUCAAUCGAAUGAUUCAGUGCAAUGGUGAUACCAUUCAUUGGUUCUGUCGUGGCUGCAUGCGCUUGCAGGCAGAAACGAACAUCGGCAUGUCUAAGCAUGUAUUGACCUGUAUGUCUGUGGAUGGAUGCUCGGCCGGGUUUUCUCCAGAUCAGAAAAGGCUAUUCCUCCACAAGAAAUUACGUAUAGCCUUGGAUCGGAUUGAGCAACAAUACGUAUUACGAGAGGCUGGUAUCGCAAACCUCGUUGCCUGUCCAUUCUGCCCUUUCGCGGCUGAGUGCCCGCCUGUCGAGGAGGAUAGAGAGUUCCGCUGUGUCAGGAAGGGCUGUGAGAAAGUUAGUUGCCGCCUUUGCCAAAAGGAGACUCAUAUACCGAAGAGCUGUGAAGAAGCAGCGGCUGAUCGUGGUAUCCAUGCUCGGCAUGCCCUUGAGGAGGCGAUGACUAAUGCAUUGAUUCGCAAAUGCAACAACUGCCGACAGCCGUAUCUGAAGAUGGACGGCUGUAACAAGAUCUACUGUGGUGUUUGUGGCACCUUGCAAUGCUACGUCUGCCGUAAGACUAUCAACAGCUACGAUCACUUUAACGAUCUCAGACGAGGUGGCAGGGUUGGCAGGUGCCCCCUAUUUGAUAGCACUGAAAAGCGGCACCAAGAAGAGGUGGAACUCGCCGAAAAAGAAGCACUGGAAAAGGCGGCAAAGGAGCAUCCAGAUCUAACAAAGGAUGCCCUAAAGAUCAAAGUGUCAGAGGGCGUUGAGCAAGAUGAGCGUGCACGUAAGGAGAAGGAACUGCGACGUCGACCUUUUCACCCCGAUGCUCAAGAGGCUCGUAGACAGGCUGAAGAGAGAGAGGCUGAAGCUAGAGAACUUGAGGCUAUGCGAAAUGCUGAGGCCAACCCUCCUCCCCAUAAUCUCGACAAUGAUCAGGUUGGUAUCCCUCAAAUAGAAUUUUUGCCGAGAGACGUUCAUAUACCAGCGCAUUACAUGCAAGCGCUUGGAGGGGGAAACGUGCGUCCUCUACAAAUAGAAGCAGUACCUAGGCCCCCUCCUGCAGUAGAGUGGCAAGGAUUUGUGGCCAGGAACGCUGACAUACCUCCAUUAGCAGCUGCCAUGAAUGCUAGGGUGCGAUUACAAGCCCUAGCCGAAUUGCAGGAACGACAACGACCUUUGAUCGAUAUGGAUUGGGAGGACGACAUGGCGCGCUAUAGGGAGGAAUAUCUGGCGCGCCGUAGGGAGGAAGUAAUGGUGCCCCAAGGGGCGGGCGAUGGGGCAUACAACCAAGCAGGUGACCAGGCAGGCGGCCAGGCAGGCGGCCAGGCAGGCGAUCAGCUCCCACCGCUGGUUGAUAUGUUCUACCGUCGUAUGGGGCUAGAUGUAAGGCCUAACGUGGCGCCGGAACCUCUCGCCAGGGGUCCCUUUCCCUUGGGACCGAACCAACAGGCUCCAAUGCCACCUAAUCAACAGGUUCCGAUGCCGCCGAACCACGAGGCACCGAUGCUAUUUCCACGAAACUACCUCGCAAACCCACACCAGCACCCGAAUGCUAAUAAUGGCGAAGGCGCACUUUCACCUCGCCCUCGAUGA